AUGGCUCGUUGGGCGGAACACUUUCAAGAUCAGUUCAGCUGGCCCCCUGCUCCCGGACCUCUUCCUACUCAGGUGAUGCAGAACGAGCCAUGGGCGGUUAGUUUAGAACCUCCGUCCGAGGCCGAGGUCCGAAACGCGAGUACAGCCCUCAAUCAUUUUCGUGCCUCUGGCCCGGAUUCCCUCUCACCUGCACUAUUUAAGGAUGGAGGUGAGGUCCUCUGCAAAGCACUGACCUCCUUAUUCGAAUGUGUCUGGAAAGAAGAUAGCAUCCCAGCUAAUUGGAGCGAAUCGAUUAUAGUGGCAAUAUACAAGAAGGGCAGUCGCACAGACUGUUCUAAUCACAGGGAUAUUAGCCUAACGCCAGUUGUGACAAAAUUAUUGGCCUCGAGUAUCGUUCGUCGCCUCACUGCGGAACGGGAAUCUUGGAAUAGGGAAGAGCAGGCUGGUUUCCGCCCAGGACGUGGCUGUAUAGACCAUAUAUUCACUUUGCGGCAGGUGCUAGAGCAGCGCCACGCAUACCGCAGACCGACAAUAGCUGUGUUCCUCGAUUUCAAGAGUGCGUUCAAUUCAGUCGAUCGAUCGAUUCCGUUCGAAAUACUUGCGCGGAAAGGUGUUUCCAUGAAAUAUGUGAACAUAAUACGUGCUCUAUACUCGAACACUACAGGCCGCGUCAGGGUCUACGGUGGCCUAUCGGAUAACUUUCCGACCACACGUGGAGUUUGUCAUGGCUGUCCGAUUUCCCUAUUUCUGCUCAAUUUCGUCGUGCAUUCUAUCAUGGAGUGUUCCCUUGCGGAAUCUCAUGAUGUAGACGUGGAAGUGCUUCCUGGUGAAAGGUUAGUUGAUCUAGAUUAUGCGGAUGAUAUCGUUUUGCUUUUCGACGAUGUUGUGACGGCACAAUCAACCCUGAAUAGCCUAUCUAAAGUGGUCCCAUUAUUUAGUAUGCACUUCGCCCCUUCAAAUUGCAUCAGCAAUGAUAGACGCAUAGAAACUGACGUCAGCUCACGCGUUGCAAAGGCCAAAGCUGCCUACUUGAACCUGCGGCAUCUUUGGCGACAGAAGGGAAUUUCCCUUCGUCUGAAAGACCGUGUAUACAAGGAGAGAGUGAGAGCUGUUCUGCUCUAUGGUAGUGAGACUUGGCCCCUUCGGUCUGAAGAUCUGAGGCGCCUUCAAGUCUUCCAUCAUCGUAGUCUGCGCAGCAUUGCUGGUGUCGGAUAG